AUGGGGUACGUGGUCGGAAAUAUCUACCUUAUCACCGCGGUGGCCGUCAUUGGCGGUGCACUAUUCGGUUUUGAUAUUGCUUCCAUGUCAGCAAUUCUUGGCACUCAACAGUACAAAUGCUUCUUCAACCAGACCGGUCGCAAUAGUGCUGGAGACUGUGGUGGCCCAACCUCGUCCACCCAGGGUGGUAUCUCCGCAGCCAUGCCAGGUGGCUCCUUUGUUGGUGCUCUGAUCUCCGGAUUCGUCACGGAUUAUCUGGGUCGGAAACGAGCCAUCCAGAGCGGCUCCGUCAUCUGGUGUAUUGGAAGUGCCAUCGUCUGCUCUUCUUUCAGUAUCGGUCAACUCGUUGCCGGUCGAUUUAUCAACGGUCUGUCGGUCGGAAUUCUCAGUGCCCAGGUUCCCGUCUACGUCGCCGAGCUGGCUCAGCCCAGCAAGCGUGGCCAGGUUGUGGGAGCUCAGCAAUGGGCCAUCACCUGGGGUAUUCUGAUCAUGUUCUACAUCUCUUAUGGAAGCAGCUUCCUCACAGGCCCUGCUGCCUGGCGGCUUCCCUGGGGUCUCCAGAUGGUUCCUGCCGUCUUUCUUUUCUUCAUGUUUUUCAUCCUGCCUGAGAGCCCUCGCUGGCUGGCCAAGCAUGACCGUUGGGAAGAAGCUCAUCAGGUGCUUGCGUUGGUUCACGCCAAAGGGGAUACAAGCGCUCCUUUUGUCUUGACUGAGCUGCAGGAGAUCCGUGACAUGGUGGAAUUUGAGCGCCAGAACGUUGAUGCUUCUUACCUGGAGCUCUUCAAGGGCCACAUGGUCUAUCGCACCCAUAUCGGCAUGUUCACCCAGAUCUGGUCCCAGCUGACGGGCAUGAAUGUCAUGAUGCUCUACAUCACCUACGUCUUUGGUAUGGCUGGUCUCUCGGGAAAUGCCAACUUGGUCGCUUCCUCCAUUCAAUACGUGAUUAACGUCGUCAUGACAAUUUUGGCCUUGCUCUUCAUUGACCGUUGGGGUCGUCGCACUCCCCUUCUGGUGGGAUCGACCCUGAUGAUGACCUUCAUGUUUGCCAACGCCGGAAUUAUGGCGUCUUACGGAAAGCCUGCACCCCCCGGUGGAGUGGGAAAUGUCUCCGAGGAGUCCUGGGAUCUAUCUGACGCCCAUGGCGCAGCAAAGGGAGUCAUUGCCUGUACCUACCUGUUUGUUGCCAGUUAUGCCCCCACCUGGGGUCCCGUCAGCUGGAUCUAUCCGCCUGAGCUCUUCCCAUUGCGUCUGCGUGGUAAGGCGGUUGCCCUCACCACAGCCUCCAACUGGAUCUUCAACUUUGCGCUGUCCUACUUCGUGCCCCCGGCGUUUGAGAACAUUAAAUGGAAGGUAUACCUGGUGUUUGGAGUGUUCUGCUUUGCGAUGACGGUUCAUGUGUUUUUCUGCUUCCCCGAGACUGCAGGAAAGACCCUGGAAGAAGUAGAAAGCAUGUUCACCACCCCGGGAAUGCGUCCUUGGAAGACCAAUGUCCAGUUCCAGCAUGUUCGUCAGCUGGAGUCGGGUGCGUUUCAGUCGGAGAAGCUGGCGGAUAUCCAGACUGAAAGUGUAGCAGAGAAACGGACCACGGAGACCCGGGUGGAGUAA